CCCUCGCCAGCAGGCCGGCAGCGGGGCCGGGGGAGGGAAGAACUGGGGAAAGUCCGCGCGGAGCCGAGGCGCGGGCGGCGUCACGCUGCUGACAUGGCGCGGCGCUGAGGGGUGCGCGGCCGGGACCCGGAGGCGACGACGGCGACGACGGCGCGGCUCCGCCAGCCCUGCGCUGAGCCAGGACUUAAAAUGGCAGGAGAGGAUCCAUAUAUUAUGGGAGUGUCAGAUCCCCAAAUGUUUGCAAUGGACCAGCUCAUGGGAAUGAAUACAAUAUUUAAUAAUACAGGCUACAUCACUUCAGACUUACCACUACGAACAGCAGAUGGACCGUACCUUCAAAUCAUUGAACAGCCAAAACAGAGGGGCUUUCGAUUCCGAUACGUAUGCGAAGGGCCUUCACACGGUGGACUUCCUGGUGCUUCCAGUGAAAAGAACAAAAAGUCAUACCCCCAAGUCAAGAUUUGCAACUAUGUUGGACCUGCAAAAGUAAUUGUCCAGUUAGUUACUAAUGGGAAAUACGUGCACUUACACGCUCACAGCUUGGUGGGUAAAUUUUGUGAAGAUGGAGUGUGCACAGUCAAUGCAGGACCGAAAGACAUGGUUGUUGGGUUUGCAAACCUUGGAAUACUUCACGUCACGAAGAAGAAAGUGUUUGAAACUCUGGAAACGCGCAUGAUCGAUGCUUGCAAAAAAGGAUACAACCCAGGACUCUUGGUGCAUCCUGAACUUAGCUAUCUGCAGGCAGAAGGAUGUGGAGACAGACAGCUAACUGAACGAGAAAGAGAAAUUAUUCGCCAGGCAGCAGUUCAGCAGACAAAAGAAAUGGAUCUCAGUGUGGUGCGUCUUAUGUUUACAGCCUUUCUUCCUGACAGUAAUGGUGGUUUCACACGGAGGCUUGAUCCUGUUAUAUCGGAUGCAAUAUAUGACAGCAAAGCACCCAAUGCUUCCAACUUAAAAAUUGUAAGAAUGGACAGAACAGCAGGGUGUGUAACAGGAGGGGAAGAGAUUUACCUUCUCUGUGACAAGGUUCAGAAAGAUGAUAUUCAAAUACGUUUCUAUGAAGAGGAUGAGAAUGGUGGUAUGUGGGAGGGCUUUGGAGACUUUUCUCCUACAGAUGUACAUAGACAAUUUGCUAUUGUGUUCAAAACACCCAAGUAUCGAGAUGUCAAUAUCACAAAGCCAGCAUCUGUAUUUGUACAACUACGUCGGAAAUCUGAUCUAGAAACGAGUGAACCAAAGCCUUUUCUCUACUAUCCAGAAAUCAAAGAUAAAGAAGAAGUGCAGAGGAAGCGGCAGAAGCUCAUGCCAAACUUCUCCGAUGGCUACGGUGGAGGCAGCGGCGCAGGAGGCAGUGGCAUGUUUGGAGGAGGAGGCGGCGGUGCUGGCUCUGGGUUCAGUUAUCCUUCCUACGGUUACUCUGCUUUUGGAGGAAUGCAUUUCCACCCUGGCACAACAAAGUCCAAUGCUGGAAUGAAACACGAACUGUCAAAUAGCACAGUUGAAAAAGAUGAAGAGAGCUCUGAUAAACAAAGUGGCAAAUGGGACACGAAACACGAUGUGAAAGUGGAAAGUGUGGAGAAGAAUGAAUGCAGAACCUCUGGUCAUAAUGAGGAGAAAGAGGAUGCUUCUUUGUGCUGUAAAGAUGAAGGAAACAAAGCAAAGUGUGGCUGUCAGGAUGGUCUGUUCCUGGAGAAGGCUAUGCAGCUCGCCAGGCGUCAUUGCAACGCUCUCUUUGAUUAUGCUGUAACUGGAGAUGUGAGGAUGCUGCUAGCUGUUCAGCGCCACCUCACUGCUGUCCAGGAUGACAAUGGAGACAAUGUCCUUCAUUUGUCAAUUAUCCACCUUCAUAGAGAACUGGUUAAAAACCUGUUGCAAGUGAUGCCGGACAUGAAUUAUAGCAGCAUUAUCAACAUGAGAAAUGACCUUUAUCAGACCCCCUUGCACCUGGCAGUAAUCACAAAGCAGGCAGAGGUGGUUGAAGACUUGCUGAAGGCUGGAGCAAAUGUCAACCUUCUGGAUCGCCACGGUAAUUCUGUCUUACAUUUAGCUGCUGCUGAAGGAGAUGACAAGAUUCUGAGUCUGCUCCUCAAGCAUCAGAAGGCAUCUUCAAUGAUUGACCUUUUCAAUGGCGAAGGUCUCAGUGCAGUUCACAUGGUGGUGAUGGCCAAUAGCUUGUCCUGUCUGAAACUACUGAUUGCUGCUGGAGUUAACGUCAAUGCUCAGGAACAAAAAUCUGGACGAACUGCAUUGCAUUUAGCUGUUGAACAAGAGAACAUCCCCUUGGCAGGCUGCCUUUUGCUUGAGGGUGAUGCAGAUGUGGACAGCACUACCUACGAUGGCACAACACCUCUUCACAUAGCAGCUGGAAGGGGCUUUACAAAACUGGCAGCAGUUCUCAAAGCAGCAGGUGCAGAUCCUCACAUUGAGAACUUUGAGCCACUCUUUGAUGUAGAAGAAGAUGUGAAAGAUGAUGAUGAUGAAGGAAUUGUACCUGGAACAACACCACUGGAUAUGGCAGCCAACUGGGAGGUAUAUGACAUAUUAAAUGGCAAACCCUACGUGGCAGCAGCAGCAGUUUCAGAGGACUUAAUGACACAAGGCCCUCUGAAAGAGCUGAAUGAAAGCUCCAAGCAGCAGCUUUACAAGCUAUUGGAAACACCUGAUUCAAGCAAGAACUGGUCUACUCUAGCAGAAAAGUUGGGUCUUGGCAUUCUUAAUAAUGCCUUCAGGUUGAGCCCUUCACCUUCGAAAACUCUGCUAGAUAACUAUAAGAUUUCUGGAGGUACAGUUCAAGAGCUGAUUGCUGCUUUGAGACAGAUGGAUCACACGGAAGCUAUUGAAGUAAUUGAGAAAGCACUAUCUAGUUCACAAAGUCAGCCUCACCAGGAGGACAACACAAUAGAAGCUUUUCCUAUAUCAUCACCAGCCAAUUUUGCAAAGGGAGAGACAGGUGAACUUUAUAAUCACAAAUUUCAAGACACUGAAAGCACGUGUGACAGCGGGGUAGAGACCUCCUUCCGCAAACUGAGCUUUACUUAUUCAGACUCUCUGAACAGCAAGUCAUCGGUAACACUUAGCAAAAUGACCCUGGGCUACAGCCAGGAAAGCUCAGAGCAAAGCAAUUAUAUACCUAACUAGGUAACUUCAAUUAGCAAUAUAUGCAGUUACAGAAACAACCCCAACGUUUAGAAUUACACUGAUGUUGUCACAGAUGGAGGGAAGUAAAUUCACAACCAGAAAUGCACUGGAGGAUCCACACACGAACCUGAACCAGUGGUAACUCCUCACCCUUGCUUCCUUCCUCAAGUACUGUCCAUUUAUAAGCCACAUCUGAGAACCAGGGCUCCGUGCCACAUUAAUACAAAGGACUGGACACUGAUGGACUGAGGGAGCUCACCUGGUUUGUGAGGAUUUUCUUUUGUAGAUGAAAGACACUCCUUAUUAAUGCCUAAUAUCAGCUCACUUAAUUCAAAGAGGUAAAGCACACAGCAAUCAAAGGAUGGUUUCUGGCUGUUCCCUUCAGAAGUUUUGCAGCACGGUUGUCUGGAAAAAGCUCCUAAAAAUCACUGGUAAAGAAAAAGUAGUGACUUUAAUUGCAACAGUGACAACUCUGACAAAAGAAUCCAAAAAAAAAAAAAAAAAAAAAAAAAAAAAAAAAAAAAAAAAAAAAAAAUCUUGUAUAUUUCAAAUAAUGUAUUUAAACAUAGCUUUGGUGCCUCUAAAAAAAAAAAAUCAAGUUUUGCAUUUCCUACUUGUAAAUAGUUUUUUAUAUCAGUUCCUUUUUAAAAAAAAAUAAAUGUGUGCUUUUUAAAAGCUUAUUUUUAUUUUACUUUUAUAAUAAAAACUCAAAAUUAAA